AUGCUGCGAAUUGCCGCGCAACUUCGCCUUCUAUUCCCCCAUCUACGCUUUGCCAACGUGCGAGGGAAUGUGGAAACUCGCCUGGCCAAGCUUGAUAAUCCGGAAAGUGAGUAUACCUGCAUCAUACUGUCUGUAUGUGGUCUCGAGCGUGUUAGACUCGGCAACCGUAUCACCCAGCGCAAGGGUUCCAGGGACGGUGAUAUUUUGCACGCGGUCGGCCAGAGAGCACUUGGUCUCGAGGUCCGUAAAGGUGAUACCAAAACCCUGGACUUGCUGAAUCAGUUGGCAGACCACAAAUCUAGCCUGGCUUGUCUCGCCGAGCGGGUUCUGAUGUGUACACUUGAAGGAGGCUGUAGUGUCCCGAUCGGAGUCGAGACAGAGUGGCCUGGUGAGCUAAAGGAUUGUCUGAGGAUGAGAGCAAUAGUUGUCAGCCUUGAUGGUUCUCAGAGCGUUGAAGAUAGUCUUGACAAGGCAGCAGCUCUAGGACAGGAAUUGGUUGCCAGGCUGGUAAAUGCUGCUAUUAGUGCCAUCCUAGAGGAUAUCAACACGAACAGGCCGUCCAAGGACUGA